GGAAUUUGUAUAGGCGAGGGGAGUGGAGGAUUGUGUGUGUGGUGUUGAGAUUGGUGUUGCGUGGGUUAUGUGAGAGUGAGAUUCACAUGGGAAGGGUUUUUCUUGUUGAUUUGGAUGGUAGAUCCUACCGAUGCAGAUUCUGCCGUACCCCUCUUGCCCUCGCUGAUCACGUUCUCUCUCGUUCCUUCAACUGCAGUCAAGGGAGGGCAUACCUUUUCAGCAAUGUGGUGAAUAUAACACUUGGGGAUCAGGUGGAGAGAUUGAUGUUAUCUGGAUUGCAUACAGUUGAAGACAUAUUUUGUUGCUGCUGUGGGCAAAUUCUUGGAUGGAAAUAUGUUGUCGCACACGACAAAAAUGAAAUAUACAAAGAAGGGAAGUUUGUGCUUGAGAGGUGGAGGAUAGUUGACGAUGUUGCAGAGGAAUUAAAUUUGGAUGCUCGUGCUGGCUCAAGUGACACAGGCUCAAGUGACACAGAAAAUGCUUAGCAAGUUACUUCUUUUCAUGAAUUUCAAGUAUUGUAGCUAGCAAGUAUAUAUAUUACGCGUUAUUGUAGCUAGCCAGUAAAUAUAUUAUAACCUUGGUAUUCAUCAAGAUACAAUUUCACAUAUAAACUCCUUAGAACAACUCAAGGUUAGCCCAUUUCAAGCAUUUAUAAAUCUUGUCAUAGUGCACUGAAUCUUCUUGCUAGAUAUUUAUGGAGGGCAUAUAAUAGGCAUAUCCUUUAUGAUCGUGCAGAUCCUGAGGCUUGAAAGAGUAAUUCAUCUUAUUUUUAUGAGUUGAAGUUAAGAUACAUUGCUUGAUCUCAAUUAUUCAGAUAUGUGUGGAGAGUUAGAUUACUGUUCUAGAUGUAAG